AUGCUUAGGGAAUUCGAUCGGAUUACUGAAGUCGAAGACAGUGACAGCAUCACAGAGAGAGAAAUGGUUGCUCACAAGCUAGUGUGUUACUAUGUGAUGAAUAACGGCUGCAUUGAAGAACAUAAUGCCUUCUUCGAGAGACCCAAUGAGGCUAUGAGGAGCCAUCUUAAACCCCUACUCAUCACUGGAAAAUUCGAAGACGUCCUCGUUAAUAAAGUAUUGGUGGAUUAUGGAGCGACUGUGAAUUUAAUUCCUCAUCACAUGCUGAGGAAAAUUGGAAAGUAUGAUACUGAUGCCAAACCUCAUAACAUGAUUCUUACCAACUAUGAAGGUAAAGUGGGUUCUACCCUCGGAGUUAUCCAAGUCGAGUUAACAGUAGGGACAGUCACAAGGUCCACAAUGUUUAUGAUUGUGGAAACAAAGGCUAACUACAAUCUAUUGCUUGGAAGAGAAUGGAUACAUGGGGGCGCAGUUGUCCCAUCCUCGAUGCACCAGAGGAUAAUAACUUGGCAUCCAGAUGGUAUUGUAGAAAACAUAGAGGCGGAUCAAGGGUAG